UAGCACUUCCCUCCAAGGAACCACAGCCACGGAGGUCAAGACCUGGGUCAAGGACAGAAUCAACUUGACCAUGGCUGGGCUGGGGCUGCCCACCAUCUCCAAAGAAGGGCUGGGUGUACUGCUCCUGAUACUCUCAGCAGGUGAGAUGGUCCUGAAAGCCCAAACAAUUGAUGGUGAUUUUAUCCAGCCUUCUAAAGGAAAUCUCACAGGGAAUUCAUGCAACAAGCUCUGGCAGCGUCCACGUUUCGUGGCCAAAAAGAGGGACAGAUCCUUUGAGGUAACCUGCUACGUAAACCGUUUCAGCGAGGUGACUUGGCUGCUGAAGCAGGAGUUGGACCCCGAACCGCAGGUCCUACCACCCGAUAAUGGACGGCUAUUGCAGGUGGUGAAUGGGACCACCGCCACUCUCAUCAUCUCAAAGAUACAAUUUGAGGACAAUGGCAUCUAUUACUGUGAACAACGGUGUAAGGAGGGUCCUGAGAAGAUCCUCCGGGGCUGUGGCACUGAGCUCCGUGUCAUGGGGUACAGCACCGUGGCCCAGCUGAAGCGGAGGAACACUCUGAAAGAUGCCAUCAUUAUGAUUCAGACCCUACUCAUCAUUGUCUUCAUCACCGUCCCUAUUUUCCUGCUGUUAGAUAAGGAUGACAGCAAGGUGGCACUGGAGGAUGACCACACCUAUGAGGGUCUGGAAAUUGACCAGACGGCCACCUAUGAGGAUAUCGUGACGCUUCGGACAGGAGAAGUAAAAUGGUCAGUGGGUGAGCACCCGGGCCAGGAGUGAAGGGUUCCCCAACCUGGCAAUCCUUCCUACGCUCCCGAUCCCUCCAUCAACCUCCUGGAGGCAGCUCAUCCAGCAAAUCAGCUUCAUGGACCUGCUCUGGUUUCCUGUUAUUCCUUUCUCCUCUGCCCAUAACUGUCCUAACUCCAGGCUUACUGGACCAGCUCUGCCUUCCUACCUCCAGAUCCUGGAGACUCACAACCAUCUCCAGAGGGACAUAGGCCUGCAGUGCUUAACAGAACACAGGUUAGGGGAAGUUGUCUCUAAGAGGCUCUUUGGAGCUGGCCAUGUCCAGGAUGACUGUGGGAGGCGGGGAGAAGGAGAUAGAGCCGAGGGAGACUCAGACUUAGUAGGGAAAGGGGAGGUAAGACAAAGGAAAACAGAUUUGGUGUCUGGUGGGGCAAAAAGGGAAGGAACCUGUAAAUCUGACUCAGACUGCCAUACUCGGGCCCCUACAGCAUCACUCCUCCAGUCCUGAUGCAAACAGCGAUCAGGAUAGACUCUAAACACUUGUCCAGCCAACUGACUCAAUCCAAAUUAGGGGUUAUGGAAAUAAAUCCCCUUCUCCCAUCUCCCAGGGUCCUAUUGGGCCCUUUUUGGUCUCCUGUGCAUAGCCCCUGAUGUAAUAAACUGUGUGUUUUACAAAAACACAUGGGAAAACUUGUAGCAUCUCAUGGAUAUGCCCAUAUACACACAUUUCUCUCUCUGCACGUGCAUUUGUUUCUGCCUAUGAGGGUCUGCUUGUACUUGCUGGAGUAAACUUGUAUCUAUAGCUAUAGUGGCCAACAGCUGAACUUUUCUUCUGAUCUCCCUACCUCCUUCCCUAGCAUGGCUAAUUUAGUCCUUAUAUCUUCAUGUUCUUCUAGGUCCUGCCUGCCCUAGACCUCUACCACUUCCCUUUACAUAUACUCCCUCCCCUUCUCUCUGGCCCCGGUCUUAGCAAAGGAGGCCAGAACUUGAGCAGAUCAAUCACUGACAAUCAUUCCCCCGCAGCAAGGCCAAUCAGACCCAUUUUCCAAUCCAUGUUCCCUUACUGAGUUCCUACAGUAGUACUUGGGGGCACUUCCCAAUUCACAAAGUAAGUCCACCAGAGACCAUGCAUCCCUACCAACUAAAUCCAUAAUUCACAUGUGCCCACCAAAAUGCUCACCUUUAGUAAUCAGCCACAGCAUACCGUUAGUUCAAAAUAAAGGCAUUUAAUGAAACGGCAUUAUAAGACAAGUUAUAUACAUUUCCCCCAUAAACUUAGGGCACCUCUUCCCAUAAACAAGCAUACCAUCAAUAUGCAGAGUGGACUUGCAUGGAAGGGCACACACGUGUGACCAGGACACAGGUUUGAAGGAGUAAUUCAUGCCUCUGACACUAAAGGGUCUCUGAUAUCUUCUAGUGAUGUCACACUCUGCUCCCAUCGGGGCUGAUCCCUGAUGGUCUCUGCUGGACAUGCUUUCCACUGGAUGCUGCCCUGCCAAACAUGUUGUCCCUGUGGGAUAUUCACAAAAUCCAUCUGCUACACAUAGUACAUGGCCAUGAAACUUCUCUUUCCUUCCACGUCUGGCUUCAGGCUAAGAACCUUUGCUAUGGUGCUACUCUUCCUUAUGAAAAGAGAAGGCCACUUUUUAUAACUCUCUUAAAAAAGAAACCCUCCUCAGCCAAAAGCUCAGCAACAGGCCUGGGGUUGGUGGGUGGAGAAACCCCUCUGGUUUUGUAGAGUGGCUUCUCUGUUCCUUUCCAGAAUUUUGGAUAGAAAGCAUUUCAUCUUGACCAGAGAUACUUUGCCUCAGAUGCCAAGCUGUAUCGUUGUAGAAUAUUACAAGUUUGUUAAUGUAACGAGUGACAUUAACGUACUUAAUCUCUCCUUGGGACUAAAUUUCUGUGGACAACCUAACUCUAGGUCAUGGUGAGCAAUCCAUAUGCCUCCCGAUUUUAAUCUCUGAUUCUAAUAUCUAUACCUGGUCAUUAUCUAUGUAAAUCUAUUCACCUAAAAGCUACUACACGGUUCUGGAGUUAGGGGUUCCCCAGCCUUUUUCAGCUCCAAGCCUCCCUCCAUCUUUUCCAUUCUCCCACAUACACGAAUAGGUGGGGGCAGGUCAUAAAGACAAAGUUGAGCUCAACGGGCAAGACCAUUUUCUCUACUUGCCUAGCACAUUCCCAGCUAUAUGUAAACACAACCUGCAGGAAAAGCCAAAAAAUCUUUGCUCUCAACCUUUGUGAUGAGUGCUGGGAUAGGUGCUCUGUGGUAUACAGAAGAAAGAGAAGAUAUGAUAACUGCCUUCAAGGAGCUUAUACUCUAGUUGGGAAAACUAUAGAAUUCCCCACUUCUCCACCUAUUUGAAUCCUACCCAUCUUUCAAGGCCCAACCCAAAUCCUCCCCCUGACCACUCUAGCCUAUUUUACUCCUCUUUCCCCUCAAUUUCUGCCACACUUAAGAGUUUAAACCACACUGUUUAGCAUGGUACCAUGGAAAAACAUUGAAUCUGCAGUCAGAGACCAUGGGUUCAAAUUCCACCUCCAACAAUACUACUUGUAUGAUGUUAGACCAGUCACUUAAUCUCCUUGACUUUAUUUUCCUCAUCUUUAAA